ACAACGUUCAUCGCGAGAGUGAAAUUGUUGACAUUUUCUAGCACAUCUGAAAUAAAGUUGGUAUCGAAAAUCCGUGAACAUCCUGUGAAGUACUGAAGAAAAUUUCAAAUAGCCUUUGGAAUGGAUUCCCGUGGGUCUUUAGCAUUCGAUGAAUAUGGACGUCCAUUUAUUAUCAUUCGUGAUCAGGAAGGAAAAUCCCGUCUUAGUGGGAUAGAAGCUCACAAAUCCCAUAUAAUGGCAGCAAAGACAGUUGCUGGUGUUUUGAAGACAUCAUUGGGACCUAAAGGUCUAGAUAAAUUAAUGGUGUCACCUGACGGGGAUAUCACUAUCACCAAUGAUGGAGCUACUAUAUUGAAGCAGAUGGAUGUGGAGCAUCAGAUUGCCAAGUUGAUGGUUCAGUUGUCUCAAUCACAAGAUGAUGAGAUAGGAGAUGGUACAACUGGAGUUGUAGUGCUUGCUGGUGCUCUCAUGGAACAUGCUGAGAAGUUGUUGGACCGAGGAAUUCACCCAAUCCGUAUCACUGAUGGUUAUGAGAUGGCUGCUAAAGUUGCUGUUGAACAUUUAGACACUAUUGCAGAAAAUUAUGUCAUCAAUCGAAAAGACACUGAUACUCUCACACAGUUAGCCAUGACAACUCUUGGUUCUAAAAUUAUAAACCGUUGUCACAGACACAUGGCACAGAUAGCUGUAGAUGCUAUAAUGGCGGUGGCCGACUUUGAUCGAAGAGAUGUUGACUUUGAGCUCAUCAAGGUGGAAGGUAAAGUUGGAGGAAAACUUGAGGACACAAUGCUUGUAAAGGGAGUUAUUGUUGACAAAGAUUUCAGUCACCCUCAGAUGCCUAAGGCUGUCAAAGAUGCUAGAAUGGCAAUUUUAACAUGUCCAUUUGAGCCUCCAAAACCUAAAACAAAACACAAUCUUGAGGUGAAAUCUGUAGAAGACUACAAGAAACUGAGAGAAUAUGAACUGAAAAAGUUUGAAGACAUGGUUAAGCAGGUGAAGGACACUGGAGCAAAUCUUGUUAUAUGCCAAUGGGGAUUCGAUGAUGAGGCAAAUCAUCUGUUAUUACAGAGGGAGUUACCUGCUGUACGAUGGGUCGGUGGUCCAGAAAUUGAGUUGAUUGCCAUAGCAACUGGUGGGCGUAUUGUUCCAAGAUUUGAGGAACUAACUAAAGAGAAACUUGGUAAAGCUGGUAUCGUGAAGGAACUUUCAUUCGGUACAACAAAGGAAAGAAUGUUGGUGAUCGAAGAAUGCCAGAACUCUAGAGCUGUCACUAUCUUCAUCAGAGGGGGUAAUAAAAUGAUUGUGGAAGAAGCAAAGAGAAGUAUACAUGAUGCUUUGUGUGUAAUACGUAACAUAGUAAAAGAUACAAGGAUAGUGUAUGGUGGAGGGGCACCAGAAAUCUCAUGUUCUCUUGCUGUAGCCAAGGCUGCUGACAAGAUUUCCACAUUAGAACAGUAUGCAAUGAGAGCAUUCUCUGAAGCUCUUGAAAGUAUUCCUCUAGCUCUAGCUGAGAACAGCGGUCUAUCACCUAUACAUACACUAGCUGAUGUUAAAUCUAGGCAAACAAAGGAAAAUAACCCUAGAUUAGGAAUUGACUGUCUCAAUAAAGGAACAAAUGAUAUGAAAGCCCAGAAUGUAUUAGAGACAUUAUCAUCAAAGAGAGCCCAGAUCAUGUUAGCUGUACAACUUACAAAGAUGAUACUUAAAAUAGAUGAUAUUAGAGCCCCAGCAGAUCAUAUGAUGUGAGGUGUGAAGAUAUCGGAGAGAAUAGUGUGUGUGUUUUAUAAACGUCUACCUACACUAUCCACAUGUUACUGUGAUAUACAAGAACAAAAAUCCAAAGUGCACAUACAUUGAUUAUGUAAUAAAGAACUACAGAGUUGCAAAAUUUUGGUGAAAUAAUUAUGAAACGGCUUUUAAAUAAAAAAAACAACAACUGUUUACAUUUUGACCACUGCUAGAAGUCGACUGAAUUUUUAUAACAUUGAAGGAGAUUUAAUAUGGUUUGAUCCAGUAAACGUGACCUUUAUUAAAAAAUGGGGAAAACCAUGAAAUAGAAAUUAUUUUGACCUUUAUAUGUAAGUAAACGUGUUGUAUGUGUCACUUGGUGUAAUAUGUAUUAAAAAGUUUUUCACAGUUGUGAAAAUAGAAGAAAAAACUAAAUUAGUGCAUUUUAAAUUACAUAUUUUGUUAAUGAAGUGUUCAUAUUUUGCUUCACUGCAAACCCGAUAAAAAGUUAAAAGCCAGAAUGAUUAAUGGUGUAGAGUAUAACAAAGUGGAAUAAUACUUCUAAAUUUUAUUUAUUUAUUCAUGAAUUCACUGUACAUUUUAAAAUGUGUUCUGACAUUACAAUCUAUGAAUGUUCAUAUAUACAUUAUAAAUCAUGUGCAUUGAAAAAAUGUGCUUUGAAUGCUUUUGAUAAUUUUUUUUAUAUUAAAAGUGUCAUCAUAA